CAGGGUCAGUCAGGGUCAAUCAGGGUCAGUCAGGGUCAGUCAGGGUCAGUUAGGGUCAGUCAGGGUCAGUCAGGGCAGAAAAUCUUUUGAGCAGGUUUGACUCCAGGUUUAAUCUGGUGUAAUGGAGACAGACAGGAAGUGAAACAAUGAGCCUGAUGGAUUAUCAUGGGAUGCUAACAGCUAAUAGCAACCUGCUAGCGUUAGCUUUAGCUUCAUAUUAACAACCACACGAUCAUUUCAGAGGAAACUAAACGUCACUGACCUGCAGCAUCGUCUGACUCCUGCUAAGCUAACUGCUGCAGUGAAAGGCCACUUCCUGCUGUGAACGUCAAAAUAAAAGCACUUCCUGUCCGUUCAUUUAAAUGGAUGUCCGCCCCUCCCAGCCGUAAUAACCGGUGGUGGUUUCAGGCAUGGCGGCGCUGGACAGCAGGGCGUCGGGGAAGAUGGGGAUGCGCGCCGUGAUCUACUACAUGACCACCACCAUCAUCGCCGUCUUCGUCGGGAUCAUCAUCGUCCUCAUCAUCCACCCGGGAAAAGGCUCCAAGGCCGAGUUUGGGAAGCAGCAGACCAUCGAGCAGGUCAGCCCCGCCGACGCCUUCCUGGACCUCAUCAGAAACAUGUUCCCUCCGAACCUGGUGCAGGCCUGCACGCAGCAGUUCAAGACCAGGUAUGGAAAGAGGAAGGUCCAUGUGACGAUCACGGUGAACGAGUCGCUCUUCAACUCCACCAACGCCACGCAGGAGGUCAUGGAGGUCAGCAGGGAGGAGGUGAUCCCCAUACCUGGCCAGGUGAACGGGGUCAACGCCCUGGGCCUGGUGGUCUUCUCCAUGUGCUUCGGCCUGAUCAUCGGCAGCAUGAAGGAGCAGGGCCAGGUCCUCAGGGACUUCUUCGACAGCCUGAAUGAAGCCAUCAUGAGCCUGGUGGCCAUCAUCAUGUGGUACGCUCCCGUCGGCAUCCUGUUUCUGAUCGCGGGGAAGAUCGUGGAGAUGGACGACCUGACGCAGAUGGGCGGCCAGCUGGGCAUGUACACCGUCACCGUCAUCAUCGGGCUGCUGAUCCACGGCGUGCUCAUCCUGCCCACGCUGUACUUCGUCAUCACGCGGCAGAAUCCCUUCGUCUUCAUCGCCGGGCUCCUGCAGGCUCUGGUCACGGCUCUGGGAACGUCGUCCAGCUCCGCCACGCUGCCCGUCACCUUCAAGUGUCUGGAGGAGAACAACCGCAUCGACAAGCGCAUCACGCGCUUCGUGCUGCCGGUCGGCGCCACCAUCAACAUGGACGGCACGGCUCUGUACGAGGCGCUGGCGGCCAUCUUCAUCGCCCAGGUCAACAACAUGGAGAUGAACUUCGGCCAGAUCAUCACCAUCAGCAUCACAGCGACGGCGGCCAGCAUCGGCGCCGCCGGCAUCCCGCAGGCCGGCCUGGUUACCAUGGUGAUCGUGCUGACCUCCGUCGGACUCCCUACUGAUGACAUCACUCUCAUCAUAGCAGUCGAUUGGUUCCUGUGAGUAUAACCCCAGUAAACACGACCAACUGGGGGCAGCAGGCGGGGUCAAAGGUUAUCGCUGACGGCAACUCCACUGGGGUCACUGCAAAGGUCGUUCUAAAGGUCAACGGCAGCUCCACAUCCUCCAGCACCCACUGACACACUUCUCCUUCUCCCCAGAGCCUCGUGCCACAUCUUCCCUUGUACUGAAUAUUUUUGAGUUUUAACAUAGAAACAUAAUUAGCUUCUCAAAUUAAUCGUUUCAAUUAGAAAACCAGGACCAGAAACGGCUCGGCUAACUGGGGCGACUGGGGAAACGGCUAACUGGGGCGACUGGAGAAACGGCUCGGCUAACUGGGGCGACUGGAGAAACGGCUCGGCUAACUGGGGCGACUGGAGAAACGGCUAACUGGGGCGACUGGAGAAACGGCUCGGCUAAC